GCCAUCUCCCUGGCAGGCUCCGAGAUGAUCGAGACGCAGGAGGACAUCUACGUGGGCUCCAUCGAGACGGACCGGGGGGUGCGCGAGCAGGUGCGCUUCUACGACACGCGGGGCCUGCGGGACGGCCUGGAGCUCCCCAAGCACUGCUUCUCCUGCACCGACGGCUACGUGUUGGUCUACAGCACUGACAGCAAGGAGUCCUUCAAGCGGGUGGAGCUCCUCAAGAAGGAGAUUGACAAGUCCAAAGACAAGAAAGAGGUCACCAUCGUGGUUUUGGGCAACAAGUGUGACCUGCAGGAGCAGCGCCGGGUGGACCACGAUGCAGCCCAGCACUGGGCCAAGGGCGAGAAGGUGAAGCUGUGGGAGGUGUCCGUGGCUGACCGGCGUACGCUGAUCGAGCCGUUCAUCUACCUGGCCAGUAAGAUGACCCAGCCACAAAGCAAGUCUGCUUUUCCCCUGAGUCGCAAGAACAAGGGCAGCGGAUCCGUGGAUGGCUGAGCCUUGUUUUCCCUUCCCUUGCCACGUCCUCUCCCUUGCUUCCCUGCUUCCCUUGCACAUACCUCCUGCUGAGCCGGUUUGGUGGUGUGGAGCCUGCGGGAAGCACAGUGGCACGAGGAACGGGCAUCCCAGGGCUGGGGAUGGUCUUGGAGGGUGAGAGGUGAGCCAUCUCCCUGCGCUGGGACAGGGACCGCUCUCUUUGCUGCCCAG